AUGUCCAGCAAACUCAUNCCCCCGAACCCUGACAAGGUCAUGGUCAUUCGCAACAUCACACCGGACGUCGUCACACUCUCGCUGCCUUUCGCACGCUUCGGUCGUAUCAACAUCGGUGGCCGCGGAACUCUGGUCCGUCUGCAGAAUGGCAGCGUAGCCGUCUUCUCUCCUGUAGCUCUUACCGAAGAUGUCCGCAGCCAGAUCAACAAGAUGGGCGCCGUGAAAUAUAUUGCUGCCAACGACGCCGAGCACCACAUCUUCAUGGACGACUGGCACAAGGCCUUCCCAGACGCCAAACUCAUCGGCCCGGACGCAUUGAAAGAGAAGCGCGAGAGUCAGAAGAAGCCAUUGCCCUGGACACACCUGUUCCGCCCGAAGGACAACACCAGCUGGAACAUUGAUGAGGCUUUUGACCGUGAAUUCGACGCCGAGUACGUUCACGCCCACGCCAACAAGGAGCUCGUCUUCAACCACAAGCCCUCCAAGACUUUGAUCCAAGCAGACUUGCUGUUCAACUUGCCGGCCACAGAGCAGUACUCGCGUACCGACGUCAAUCCCACAGCUGGUAUCUUUACAAAGUUGAUGUGCGGUAUCAACAACACGGCUGGUACUGCAAUCUGGCAAAAGAGAUUCGUCUGGUAUGCAUUGAGUGCAUCGGAUAGACCUGCCUUCAACCAGAGCAUGGCCAGAAUUGACAAGUGGGACUUUGAACGCAUCAUCCCUUGCCACGGUGACGUGAUUGAGAAGGACGGUAAGGGCAUCUUCAGAAAGGUGUUCGAGUGGCACCUGGAGGCUGCGAAGAAGUCGAGCUAG